AUGUGUGAUUCAAAAAAUACCAUUAUCAAUCAUGGAAAAUACUUAUGUUGUUUCAAUGAUAGUGGUAAAGUACCGAUGAUUGGAAUUGGAUAUAAUCUUCUGGUGAACGACUCUGAAAAGGUCAUGCUGAAGUAUAAUUUAAAACUUUCGGAAGUUUUAAGUGAUUGCCAAGCAAGAAGACGAAAAUACUGUCUGACCAAUAGUCAAGCUGAAGAUAUCUUCUAUACCAUUUCGUAUCCAAAAGCUUCAAGAUGCGCUGAUGCAUUUGUGCCUAAUUUGCCCCCAAUGAAACGAAAUGCAAUAAUUGAUGUGGCUUUUACUAGCUGUCGAGUGCUAAAUACGUUCAAGCGAAUGCAAAAGGCGUUAGAAACAAAAAAUUGGACACAAGCUGCAGACGAACUGAAGUCUUCAAGAUGGUGCACACAAGUGAAGUCAACAAGAUGCGGUAAAAAUUAUAAUUGUAUCCGCAAUUAUAAUCGUGUUAAAUAG